ACUUGCUUACCUGGUCUUUGAGUUGGCAGUGUGUGCUGUUGUAUUAAACAUCCAGACGGACUACAUAAAGCCAUUUAUUUUUUUCAUCACUUAUCACGUCAAACCAGGAUUUCAGAAGAUGUCCGUCACAGUUUACUUCACCAGUGUUAGUGGCUCUAGAGAGGUGAAGCAACAACAGUCCGAGAUUUUCCAGUUCCUGGACUCAAAGAAAAUUAAAUACUUUACUGAGGACAUCUCACAGAGCCCAGAAAAGAAAGAGGAGAUGAGAAAGAAAGUGGGAAACCAGUCAGCAAUGCCACCUCAGGUCUUUAAUGGUGGAAAAUACUGUGGGGACUAUCAAAAGUUUUUUGAUGCAAUUGAGGAAGGGAAGGCAGAAGCCUUUUUCAAACUCUGAGUGUGGACUGCAACUCCUCAGCUCCCGAAUGCUUGUAUUUUGGGAACAUCUUAAUAUGCCAAGAAAAUAUGUAUUUUGCACUGUUAAAGAAAUUAAGAUUUUAUAUUAAAUAGACUUGAAAAUUGAUGAAUGCAAUAAAUAUAACAUGUUCAGGCUGAUUGGAUGACAUGUUAAAUGGUUAAAAAAUAUUGCAGCCUAGUCUUUACCAGGCCGCUAGGGUGCAGUAGUGUCUAUUUUACACACCUUCACAAGUUAGUCAUGUAUACAAAUAUGUUCUACAAAUAAAUGUUCAAACAAAUGCAUUUAUUCCUGUUAUUUGUAAACUGCAUCCACCCUCUUUAUUUGUAAUAAAAUCAUGAGCAGCAAG